CAGCGUGGCGGGCGUUUUAUGCGAAAAAUAGUUCCAAACGUGCUCACAAAUCAUUGGAAGAUUUGAAUAGUUGUCAGAAAUUUGAACAAUUUCUACUAAUUUAUCUAAUUAAAAAAUUCUCUGAUAUAAACUAAUAAUUUUUCGAUUGAUUAGCUUUCAUUUGGGUGAUAGUUUUUCGUUUUACGUUUGUCCUUCAAUUUGGCGCUGUCUCAAAGCAUUUUCAAGUUGCCCUUGGUUGCCAACGAACGAUAUAUCCCUACGCGGCACGCGACGACCGGGGAAGGAAGUCAGUAGGAAGUGGGAAGGGGGUACACCUCGAGUAGUUCAGUGGCUACAUGUGGGCAUCUGCCGGUCGCGACGAGUCCAUUAACGUAUUGUAAUACGCAUAAAAUUACACUUUUUACACCGAGUGCCAAGGGCUUUUAAUUGACAAAAAAAUGCAGAUGGAUUCGACAACUUUGCAAUUGAUUCAGGUCCUCGAAAAGACUGUUUCGCCAGAUAAAAAUGAACUUGAAGCAGCACAAAGUUUUCUGGAACAAGCAGCUGUUACGAAUUUCAAUGAAUUCGUUCAACGGCUUAGCGGCGUGCUCGUUACACCUGCUGCAAGUGCUGUUGCACGAAUGGCAGCAGGUUUACAACUUAAAAAUCAAUUGACGUCAAAAGAUUUGACUCGUAAAUCUCAAUAUCAGCAACGAUGGCUCGCCAUCCCCGCAGAUAAAAGGGAAUUUAUCAAAACCAACAUUUUAGGAGCACUUGGAACAGAAAACAAUAGGCCAAGUUCAGCGGCUCAGUGCAUUGCUUAUGUUGCUGUUGCUGAACUUCCAGUUAGAGAAUGGAACGAUCUUAUUCCAUAUCUGGUUGAGAAUGUGACAAAAUUAAAUAGCACAGAAAUGGUGAAGGAGGCGACACUAGAGACCAUCGGUUAUAUUUGUCAAGAAAUUGAAAGCGAAGUGCUUAUAGCGCAAUCGAACCAAAUAUUGACAGCUAUUAUUCAUGGAAUGAAGAGUUCCAACACAUCGAAUCAUGUACGACUUGCGGCAACGAGAGCACUUUUUAAUUCUCUCGAGUUUACCAAAGGAAAUUUUGAAAUAGAGACUGAAAGAAAUUUUAUCAUGGAAGUAGUAUGUGAUGCUACUCUAUCCCCAAAUACACAAGUCAGAGUUGCUGCGUUACAAUGUCUUGUUAAGAUUAUGUCUUUGUACUACCACUACAUGGAACCGUAUAUGAGUGUUGCUCUCUUUCCCAUAACCUUGGAGGCAAUGAAAUCCGAUAUUGAUGAAGUAUCGCUUCAAGGAAUUGAAUUCUGGUCGAACAUAUCCGAGGAAGAAGUAGACUUGUCAAUGGAGGAAGGAGAGGCGAAUGAGGUGGGACAACCUCCAGCUAAGGUUUCCAAGCAUUAUGCAAAGGGUGCUUUGCAAUAUUUGGUACCAGUGCUUAUGGAAAAAUUAACAAAACAAGAGGAAUGCGACGACGAAGACGAUUGGAAUCCAUCAAAAUCAGCCGGAGUCUGUUUAAUGCUAUUAGCUUCUUGCUGCGAAGAAGCUAUUGUACCACACGUUCUUCCAUUCAUAAAAGAUAACAUAAAAAAUCCAGAUUGGCGAUAUCGAGAUGCAGCUCUUAUGACCUUUGGAUCAAUUCUUGGUGGUCUUGAGUCCACUACUCUGAAGCCACUCACCGAGCAAGCAAUGCCAACAUUAAUAGAAUUGAUGUACGAUAACAGUGUGGUCGUGAGGGACACAGCCGCGUGGACCUUUGGUAGAAUUUGUGAAGUCAUUCCAGAUGCAGCGAUCAACCAAACGUAUCUAAAACCUCUGCUAGAGUCAUUUGUAAACGGACUCAAGGCCGAGCCUAGAGUGGCCGCAAAUGUCUGCUGGGCUUUCUCAGGACUCGCGGAGGCAAGUUAUGAAGCUGCUGAAACAGCGGAAGAAACUGGAACACCCGAAACUUACUGUAUGUCUCAAUAUUUUGACUAUAUUAUUCAAAGACUUUUGGAGACCACAGAUCGUCCAGAUGGAGCACAGGCUAAUCUCAGGUCAGCCGCUUAUGAAGCGCUCAUGGAAAUGGUGAAAAAUUCUCCACGCGAUUGUUAUGUCACUGUACAGAAAACAACAAUGGUGAUCCUCGAAAGAUUGCAGCAGGUUCUGCAAAUGGAAACGCAUAUUCAGAAUCAUUCUGAUCGUGCUCAGUACAACGAUUUACAGUCACUAUUGUGCGCAACUCUACAAUCAGUCUUGAGGAAAGUCAGUCCCGAUGAUGCACCGCAAAUUUCAGACCCCAUCAUGGGAGCCCUUUUGUCGAUGUUCAAUUCCAAUUCUUGCAAAUCGGGCAGCGUUCAGGAAGACGCACUGAUGGCUGUGUCGACUUUAGUCGAAGUCCUUGGCGAUGGUUUCCUCAAAUACAUGGACGCUUUUAAACCAUUCCUAUUCCUUGGCCUCAAGAAUUACUCCGAGUAUCAGGUGUGCUGUGCGGCCGUCGGUGUCACUGGUGACAUUUGUCGUGCUGUCAAGAGUAAAAUGAUACCCUAUUGCGACGAGAUUAUGACAUUACUUUUGGAGAAUCUUGGAAACAACACUGUUCAUCGAUCAGUCAAGCCACAAAUUCUCUCAGUCUUUGGCGAUAUUGCCUUCAGUAUUGGACAGGAAUUCAAAAAGUAUCUGGAAGUUGUACUGCAGACAUUGGCUCAAGCCUCUCAGGCUCAAGUUGACAAGAACGAUUAUGAUAUGAUUGAUUAUCUAAAUGAGUUGAGAGAAGGAGUCGUGGAGGCUUACACUGGCAUUCUUCAAGGAUUGCGGGGAGAAGAUGAGAGUAACAUUAGUCCUGAUAUUAUGUUGCUUGAGCCACACGUGCCAUUCAUUAUACACUUCAUUACAACAAUAGCCCAGGAUGUCGAUCAUUCGGAUGGUAAUAUUGCCGCUGCGUGUGGUCUUAUCGGUGAUCUUAUCAGGGUUUAUGGAACCAAAAUGUUGCCAAUGGUUGAAACUGAAGCCAUUACUGCAUUGCUGACCAAAGGUAAAAAAUCUCGCACCAGUAAAACGAAAACCCUUUCACUUUGGGCCACCAAAGAAAUCCGCAGAGUGAAGAACGUCGCAAGCGCUACAUCUAGUUGAUCACCCCACAGUUGUACUGUCAUGCGAUUUGAUUUGACUAGAAAGCUAUCGAACACAAUGCAAAGACAACAAGAUUGGAUGGUGCGGAUGCGAGUUGAUGGAUGUGCGUGAGUUCCAAAAGCGAUGACAAUGAAAUGAUGAGUCUGCACGUGUCCCCUGGCGACGAUGUUUAGUGAGCCGGUGGUAUGAUGGGCAGCCCCAUAGUCAAAAAAAAAAAAAAAAAAAAAAAAAGCAAAAAAAAAAAAAAAAACACCUGCCCGCCGGAUCUGUCGACUGCCGUGGAUGACGAAGAGUGCAAGUGGAUGUUGCCGAUGAAUGAACCAAAAACGCAGCUUUGUCAAAGUCCUUUUAAAAUGGAAGUAUGUUUGAAGUCGAGACUGCGUCUUCUAACUGCGUGUCUGAUGAUAAUAUCCAUUGUAAUCAAUGGAAUAAAAACUCCAAUGGCCGAUGAAUCACGUGAUAAAAAAAUAAAUCUUCUGAAAGGAAGAGAGAAUGAUGAGAGCCAAAGCACACGCGUGUGUACGAUGAAUGUGAGUCGUUACAAAUGAAAGUGAGAA